AUGCGUUGGUCGGGCGUCCGAUCCAUAUCCACGGCCUUACAAGGACGUUUAGGACAAUGGGCUGCUCUGGUGUCGCCUUGGACACUUGAGAUCACCAAGUGUGUCAAAGGAGAGGAUGAGAUCUUGGGAACACUGGCUGCCAGUAUUACCCCCAGAUCAGAAGUGGAUAAGACGUUGAUCUCAAUCGCCCCCAAAAAGGAGCGAAGACGUAAGAUCCAAGCUCCGAUCCCCGCUAUCAGACGAGAUGAGGAGCUGUAUGUCGUCAGUUUCGACGGAUCAGCCCGUGUCAGGAGAGGUGGAGGCGCCUACAGCGCGAUCUUGUGGAAGCUGGCCGAAUGGAGAGUGUUGAAAGCUAGAUCAGGGUAUCCCGAAGGCUUGACAGUGAAUGAGGCGGAGUACCAUGGGCUACUACUAUGUCUGGAUCUGUUGGAGGAUCUGGAUCCGCGGCGUCUGGUGAUCUGCGGAGACUCAAACCUGGUGAUCGGACAAAUCGAUUGUAAGGCGCCGGGUCUGACACUGUUGCGUCAGCGAGCCUUGGAUCGACUACGUACGUGGCCAUAUCAUGAACUAUUGCACGUCAAACGAGACUGGAAUGGGAGUGCUGACAGCCUAGCAAGUGCUGCUCUGCAACGGCAAUGUGGGAUCGAGAUAGAGUCUGACGCGGAGAUCCAGGAUCUCAUAACGUUAUUGGAUGAGAUCCUGAUAGUGAAAGUCAAAGAAGAGAUCGCACAGGUAUCAGCUAUGACGACCCGAUCUAAGGCUAGAUCGGGAGUGCUUGUGGGAUCUGAUCCGAACUCCCUACGAGAAGAGGUCGUGAGAGAGCUACGGAUCGAGCGGAUCCGACAAGCGCAGGACGAGGAGUCGUGGAUCAUGGGCUUGAAGAAAUAUCUAACCGGGGAGAUCCGGGAUCUGACACAAGAAGAGGCUAGAACGUUCGGAUCCAUUGCCAUGAAUUAUGAGGUGGAUCAGCUGGAUCUACUCUUCUAUUGCCCGACAUCUAAGGAAGCGGCCGCAGAUCGAGAUAAGCUGAUGCGACUAGUGAUACCUGAGACGCUUCAACAGGACAUUCUGCACCACUAUCACACGAGUCUACAAGGCGGUCAUCAAGGGGUCGGCUGCACCUCUGAUCGGAUUCGUGAUCAUUUCCACUGGAGAGGUCUGUAUAAGAGUGUUCAGCGAUACGUGGGGGAGCCUCAGAUCCGGGGCGAGCCACCCGGUAACCUUCAGGCAACGUACCCAUUUCAGAUCAUUGCCAUGGAUCACAAACCUUCAUUGCCUAGAUCCUUCAACGCCAACGCUGAAUUGCUGAUCUUCCUGGAUCUAUUCUCGGGAUAUGUGAUCGCCAAAGCCAGCUGUCGUGUUGGGAAAUCACGAUUGUAA